AUGUCCCCUGAACAGAGCAAAAUACUACGUAAAGUACAUCUCGGAAGGCCACCGCAUGGAUUUCUUCCAGAACCAAUCAUGCAGUCAAGCAUACCGGAAAGUUUCGAGAUCGGGUACUUUGUUCAACCCGUCGAUCACUUUGACAAUCGAAACCCGUAUACAUUUGAUCAGAAAUACUUCAAAAACGAACAAUGGGCCAAGUCAGGUGGCCCAAUCUUCCUAAAGAUUGGUGGCGAGUCACCGGCACGCUCUUCGUGGGUUCUCAAUGGGAACCUCACCUAUCUUAAAUGGGCGGAAAAGUUCGGAGCAACUGUGUAUCACCUAGAACACAGAUACUAUGGUGAUAGCCAUCUGCUCGGAGCAGGUGAAGCGUUCAAGAACAAACCAUAUUUGUCAUAUCUAUCAUCCCUGCAAAUGCUCUAUGAUGUGGCCAAUUUUAUACGGACAGUCAACAUUGAGAUGGAUUUGGCUGACCCUAAAUGGAUCCUCUUCGGUGGAUCGUACUCUGGAUCACUGGCACUGUGGAUGCGCGAACUCUUCCCUGAGUUGGUCUAUGGAGCCAUCGGUUCCUCAGCACCGCUGGAGGCGAAGUUGGAUUUCUACGGUAGAUUAGGAAUUAUAUUUCGAAUC